GCCGUGAUCGAGUAAAGACGAACGGAUUCUGGUCGUCCGUUGCGCGAGGAAUUUUCUCCUCCACCCGGAUAAAUAAAAUCAAGGAAAAGCUGCGCGAUGAACAAUAAAAACGGUGCUGAACGAUGUGCGGUAUAAAAAUAGCGGGGAAAAUAAAUUUUUUUUUAUUAUCGUUACCGCAACAAUUCACCGCCACAGUAUUUUAUCAAUCGUAAGAAAUAAUUGAAGAAGCUCGAACAAAAAAUUAGGAAAAAAAACUGCGGAGGUGCGGAUUUACAGGAGACUCAAUUGUAAUGUUAAUAAUAAUUAACGUAAACUGUAUAUUAAAUCGAAUAUUAAAUAAUUGCAUAACGGUGUUUGUUAAAAUUUACGCCGUAAUACGAAUAACCAAUUAUGCACAAGGAAAAAUGACGGUAAAUUGACAUUAUCGUGAAUAUACCUGAGUGUUUAGUUAAUUACCGUUUCCUAAGAGCCUUUGCAUAGAUAUAUAGUACACAUAAUUGAAUGCCCAUGUAAAACUUAAAGGUGAUAUUGUUGUACAUGUACUCUGUGCAAACGAUUCAGUUUCAAAGUGUUAAAUUGAUCUUCGAUACAUAAUAAUAGUAAUAAUAAUAAUAAUAAUAAUAAUAAUAAUUGUUAUUAUUAUUGUAUGGGAAUAGACGUAUGUAUGCAAAUGAAAGAAAAGUUAACGAAAAAUAAAAAGUAAGAGAUGAUAAUAGUCGCGUAGAUUAUACAGGUGAAAAUUAUGUCACUGAUCGAGACCGUCGGGACGGAGCUUGCGGAUAAUUUUUCAUCGUGAAAAGGGACGAGGAUACUUUUCGCAAAUAUGACAUCGACGUGCGGAAGCACCAAAAGCCAUCCGGCUUUGACUACGAGCAGCUUUUACAGACCGGGAAGCUAUCCUUAUCAGAGCGAAUAUUACCUGCCGCCAAGAUCAGCUUGGUACAGAGUGCCGCCCCACGUUAAUAAAAACGGUAAAAACACAACAAAAUGGAAAAUCGGUAGCGCCGUGCUAAUCAUUUCUGCUAUGCUCGUGCUAAUUGCCGUUUUAGCCGUUGCCGGUUUGGCUUUAUGGAUGGGUGCUCUCAGGAACGACCCUAAAAAUGCUGUAACAGGAUUUGCGUGCAGCUUUCGAGUUUCGAGUGGAGAGCGUUACUAUCCGAUGUUGAAGCUGAACACGAGUAUGGCAUUCCGUGAAAAGGAGCGGAAGUACAAAAAUAUAUUCGAGCUGCUAUUCAGAAGAAGCGUGUUAGCCCCUGCGUACAAACAAACGUUUAUCGACAAAUUCGAAAACGGCACGCUCAAGGUAUUCUUCAGAGUUUAUCUCGACCGCAGGAAGCUACCCAAAUCCAUUAGCAACGUUGAAGAUACCAUUGCCGAUAUACUGGCGAAAGAAACUUACUCGACGUCAUCCUUGUUCAAGGACAUGGAAUUAGACUUGGCGAGCAUCUCAGUUAAAACGCUCGAUCAAGACGGAGGAGUACCAAACAGACCACAACAGCAACAACAGCAGCAAACAGCGCGAAAAAAGAACACGAUGAUAACGAAAAACGGUCUUCUGCGACCAAGCAUUAGAAACACUUCAUCAUCAUCAUCAUCAUCGUCAUCAUCGUCGUCGUCGUCGCCAUCAUCAACAACAUUGAGUCCGAUUAAAACGGAUCCAGACGAGGCAAACAUCGACUUCAGUAACAUACCGACGAUUCAAGGCACCUACAAAGUGACUAAACUGAACGGAACGGAUAGUCCAGAAAUAGCGGAGAGAAGUCGAAGCACUUCGACGACCGUCGUUCCCCCGGAAACGACCGAAAGAAUGGUAAAAACGACGCGAAAAGAGGUCGAGACGACGUCGAGCAGCACGGAAACGUCGAAGCCGGAAACGACGAGCUCGAAACCUAAGGUGACGGAAGUUUCGACGACGAAGAAACCCUUCAAGGACUUCGUGGAUCCGGAAUUCGAGACGUCCCCAUGGCGCCCGAUAAUCCCGGGCUUCGUGAACACGGAAUUGAGGCUCAAAUUAAACGACGAAUCCGUUCCGUCGACGGUACCAGAAGUUCCCAGCAUCGCGUCGAAAGUCGACGAAGCCUCUCUGCUUCCGGUGUUCGAAACGAUCGGCGAAACUACGAGCCGAGAUUCCGAGGAUCACACGGACCGAAUAGUGCCUCAGGAGAUGGUGAACUUCAGGGUGAACGGCAAGUUCAAAAAUAAGAUACCGACCCAACCGUCGGACGAACCCCUGUUCAGAGACGAGGUGGUGAGUCUACCGAUCGACAAGGAGGUCAGAGCCGAUUCUAUCGAGAUAGCGGACUCCGAGCCGAUCCGGAAGACGUACAACGUCAGGGUCUUCUCUACGGGCAACGUUCCGAUUCCCGAAAGCGAAAGUAGCGCGAUUUUCGGCGUUCAGAUUGAGCCUGAAGUGGCGGGUAUCGGAGAGGCUGAGGUUGUACUGGACGUCGAUGAGCUCGAGGGAAGAAAUCGGUUCUCCGAAAUCGAGGCUAGCCUCGAGGACGCCAUGCAGGAUCGCAAGGCUGUUCUUCGGGAGGCGAUUUCCCGACGUGAACCGGUGUACACGAGCUACAAGAGCCCCGAUCUGAACGGAGAGGCGAAGCCGAUCCUGGUGGAGAACCCAGGGACCUUGAGACCGUUCAGGCACACGAUACCGGUCGACAAGAUAACUGAAGCGGAGAACGAGGAUGAGGAUCGGGAUCAAGAGGGACCGUCAAGGCUGGAGGAGAAAUCGAAGCUGGAAUUCGAGGAGCAGCGACCGCCGAUCAGCGAUUUGACUACCUCGAUAACGAUCGACGAUGACAAAACCCUGAAGCACACAACGACCGAGAUUUACUCGGAGAUUCUUCAUCCGUUGAACAAGAACAACGGUCAAAAGUUACAGAGGCCAACGGAGAAGCUUCAGCAGCGGGAGGAUCCGAUUCCUCAGAGCGUCGUUAACACCGGUAGAAAUUCGACGUUCGUAAAGAUCGAAACUGUGAAAUACACGCCUGGUAGUGUGAAAAACGAGUCCCUGGUAAAGAAGGAUGGUGAGAGUGAUCGGGACGAGGCAAAGAGGGAAUCUGAACUCAAGUCAAAGGUCUACAACGACACGUUAAAGGCGAACGUCGUCGAGAAUCUCGUCACGUUGGCGCCGGUGAAAAGCAACAGUGGAAUCGGUAGACCGAUUCGACCUCGACCCAGACCUCCAGGGGCUUCCGGUAAUUAUACGGAAGAUAAUUACGACAGCGAGGGUGGCGAAUUGCCGAUCGAGGAUAUCGUCGAGGUUGCCGAUCGAAGCUAUGAAAAACUGCGAACAGCGAACGAGGAGAAACCGGAAGAGAAGAAUGAGGAGGGGGCGGGAAGUCCGGACAAGUUGACAAAGCCGGAUCGGCAAGUCGUUGAAGUGAUAACGUCGAUCAGCACGAGGGUAUCGGAACCGGAAGUGCGAAUAUCUGAUUCGAAAAUCGGUGGAAGUCAGCGAGCGAAGAUCGAAGCUCUGGAUUUUGGAGCGAACCGAUCGGAAGAGCCGCUUUUUGACGAUUUUAAAAACCCGGGAAACUCUGACAGGAAGAUAUCAAAUGCUCGGGAAAGUAUAAUGCUUUUGGAAAAGCUCAAGCAGUUCGCAAAGGUCAGGACUGACACCUUGACGAUAUCGACGAAGCAGGAUGGCGAGGAUGAGGUUGAGGACGAUCCGUCGCGCGAUCACUCGACGAUACCGAGACCGGAAGUACCGAGCGGGAACCAAGGGGAAGAAUUGGCUAAUUUUGACAAACUAACUAAACUCGCGACAGUUUUAAGCGGUGAUAAAGUCAUUUCGAGUAAUGAUACCGACGAUUUUAUACUCAGUCGUGACGGCAUCAAGGUUCCCACCAAAGUUCUGAUCAAGGCCGAGGAAAGAACGGAGAAAAUGCGAUCUAGCACCGAGGAAAAUCCGGUCGAGAAUAACGGAGAAACGUGUCAGGGAUUUCAAUGCAACGAUGGCAAAUGCCUGCCAGCUGGUGCUAGAUGCAACAUGCUGAGAGAAUGCGCUACGUCCGAGGACGAGUCUAACUGUAGAUGCGGUGAUUUUUUAAAAGCUCAACUACUCUACCACAAGAUUUGCGACGGUACUCCGGACUGCUGGGACUACUCGGAUGAAACCGAUUGCGACUGGUGCGGAAAGGGUCAAUUCGUGUGCGGUAACAGCAAAGCUUGCGUGAACCCGGAAAAGGUUUGCGACGGUUUUCGGGAUUGCCCGAGCGGCGAGGACGAAAAAAAAUGCGCGGCUUUGAUCGACGAAAACAUGUCGAUCGGCGAGGGUGAAACGGGGGUUGAAAUUGGAAGCGUCGAAUCAAGGGACGCAAAGGAGGAAGAGGAGGUUGAGAGAGAGGCGACGUCAACGGAGGGCGGGAAUUUUUCAAAGUGGGAAAAAUAUGAGGACGAAACGGGAGUGUCGGAUUUUAGCGGAAAGAACGAAACCGACCAAGAGAUGAUGGAGUCGUCGAUUCUGGAGACGACGACGUUUCGAAUAGUGGUUAAAUCCGGAUCGGACGAAACGUCGACGAGGAAAUCGCUGGAUUUAAAUGACGAGGAAGCGUUGAAUUCGGACGGUGUUGUUUCCGGCAGGGAAAUUACGCCCAAUUUAAAAUCCGGUUCGAUUUACGGGGGAAACUCGUUUCACACGGUUGAAAAAAAUUCUAACGCUGAUCGUCCGAUAAGUUCGGUGAUCGGUAUUCCGUACAGAAGCGAAAUCGACGAUUACAACGACAAGGGGUUUCUUAGUGUUCGGAAAAACGGCAAGUGGGGAAAACUUUGUCUCACCGGUAUGGACAACCUUCUUGAGAGGAAGAGGACCAUUUGGACCGUAGAGGAUUUGGGACGAGCCGUGUGCAAGGCGAUCACUUAUCAGGAUUACGAAAGGGUUGAAAAAGUGAGGCUUGAGAGUGAAAAAACGCAGCAACACGAGUACUACAGCUUAGUCUACAACGAAAAAACGUCAGAAAAAACAAGUCUGACAUUCAAACCGUCGAACUGCCCGAGCGGAGAUGUUUUAAGGGUAAAAUGCAAGAAUCUUGAAUGCGGUGUUCGCACUCAAACGCCAACGCAAGCUAGAUGGCCUUUUUAUCGGGAUUCCAGGAUAGUCGGUGGCGGAAGUUCCGCAGCCGGAAGUUGGCCGUGGCAAGUUGCUCUCUACAAAGAAGGCGGUUACCAAUGCGGCGGAGCCCUCGUAAACGACAUGUGGAUCAUAUCUGCAGCGCACUGUUUUUACCAUACCCAAAGCGAAUACUGGGUAGCGAGAAUAGGGACGACGAGAAGGGGUAAUUUUGCGAGUCCGCACGAGCAGCUGAUACACGUUAAUCGUAUAAUCCUUCACCCCGAUUACAUCGACAAUGGAUUCAUAAACGACAUAUCAUUGCUGAAACUUGAGCGUCCUGUAGUCUUCAGCGAUUACGUGAGGCCCGUUUGUCUACCGAAAACCGAACCGAAAGGUGGCGAAAUCUGCAAGGUUACCGGCUGGGGACAAUUGUUCGAACUUGGCCGAGUAUUUCCCGAUACACUUCAAGAAGUCGAAUUGCCGGUCAUGUCUACGGACGAGUGUCGGAGAAGGACGUUAUUUUUACCACUUUACAAAAUAACCUCGGGUAUGCUCUGCGCUGGUUUAAAAGACGGCGGGAGAGACGCUUGCCUAGGCGAUAGUGGAGGGCCUCUGGUUUGCCCCGAAUCGAACAAUAAGUACACCCUGCAAGGUAUAACGUCGAACGGAUACGGAUGCGCGAGGCCUGGGAGGCCAGGAAUUUACACAAAGGUUCACAGCUAUGUACCCUGGAUAGAGGGUGUCAUGGCAGACGACGAAUUCGCUCCAUCAUCGUCAUUUUCAUUGGAUUGCAAGGGUCACAGAUGCCCCCUGGGACAGUGUCUUCCAAAAUCGCGUGUAUGCAACGGGUAUUUAGAAUGUUCGGACGGUAGCGACGAGCUAGGAUGCACCAUCGACUGAUUAAAAAAUAGAAUUGCAAAAUAAAGAGUUGAAGAUAAGAAGUGCGGAAUAAGAAAAAAAAAAUAAAACUAGUAUCUCAUCACUGAUCGUACGAGAAUAAUAACAAUUAAUAUUAUUAUUAUUACUACUAUUAUUAUUAUUAUUAGUAUAGUUAUGACUAAAAUAAACGCGCAUACGAUUAUUAACUACGACUGUGCUGAUAAAUGAAACUGCUCAGCAGACGCAUUUUGACUGAGGUGUGAAAAAAAGUUAAGAGAGUUAAAUGAAAAACCAAUUUCUCUGCGAUGCAAGGAAUACGAAUAAAAAAAAAAAAAAAAGAACGAUAGUGUAAACAGGCGAAUAAAUAAUCGUUUGAGCGUAGGUGCUUGUAAUAUGCAUCGAUCGAAUGCGAUGCCGAAUUGAUAGUUAAUGGUAGCGAAAUGGUAUUUCGCAUCUUUCGUGCUGUUUUACACAUGCAAAGAUAUUAAAAAAAAAAACAGAAAAAGAAAUGCAAACGGUGUUGCAAUGUUAAUUAAUAAUGAAUUUGUCGUUUUUGAAAGAGUGGCAAUUUGCGUGACGAUAUUGUACGUAUAGGUAUAUAUUACGGGGAUAUGUUAUAAUGGAGAUUUGCAAAACUUAUAAAAUGAAAAUAUCGAAAAAUAUAAUAGUUAUUAUUAUUAUUGCGAUAUAUAAAAGACAAUAAUAAAACGGUAAUUCUCAAUUUCUCACGCUUGGAAUUUUCUAAUAAAUCGCGAGAGAAUUGUAGAAUUAUUUAAGUACGAUACAAGUUGCGAAAAAAACCUGGCAAUUCGGUUUUUUUAUUUUCAAAUUCUUUUUUUUUUUUUUUUUUUUUUUUUACUUUCGUGCGAGAAAAAAAAAUGAGAAAACCCUAAGGCCAUGUACGUAGAAUUUAGUGUAAUAAUGUUAAGUUUGGUGUAUCAAUUCUUGUUCUGUAUCUGUAAAUAUAAUUAUACGUAGAUAGGCAUUGCAUACCCAUAGCUAUUAUAAUGCGGUAAAAAUAAUGAAGAUGUAAUUGACGAGAAUAAAUAUAUAUAUAUAUAUAUAUGUGUGUGUGUGUGUGUGUGUGUACGACUACGGUGAAUACUGGCGAAUCGUAAAUCUCAAAAGAAAUAAAACAUUUAUAACACAUCGGUUUUUUCACCUUGAAAAAUCAACGGUAAACGAAACAAAUGCCUAAAAUAAACUUGAAAAUUGUGUGAAAUUUUCGAAAAACACGUAUAAUCGAUAUUUAUAUAGUCGAAGACUUCAAAGUUGGAUCGUGGAUUGAAUGAUGGGAGUGAGAUUGAUUUUGAUUGAAUUUUUUCUUUUCGUUUUGUUUUGUUUUUAAUAAAAUUACCAGAUUUACCUUUUAAGUUAUACACAAUUUAUUUUGAUUAAGAGAGAACGGUUUCAUUGGACGAAAAGGCUGAACGAACAUUGUUUCCACGAUGUUGAUUCGAUCGACUGUAAAAACAUUUGGGAUUCGUUAUUUAAUUAAAAGUGACAUUUUUGUUCUUUGCUUCAAUUUGUUACUUUUUCUUACAA